AUGAGCGGCCUCACCCGCGUCAACCAACAACGCUUAUCCGAGCGUUCAUCCCACGCCUCCCGCACGGGCACACCUAGCGCGCCGUCGUUUGGUCCAGGAUCGGGAUAUGGCCCCGGUUCCGGCUUGGCGGCUGGGCCUGCGGGGUACGGCUCUGGUCCAGGAUCUGGGUUGGGGUACGGCUCUGGUCCAGGAUCUGGGUUGGGGUACGGCUCUGGUCCAGGAUCUGGGUUGGGGUACGGUUCUGGGCCGGGAAGUGGCGUCGGCGGGCGCGGCUCGCCCUUCCCCGUCGGAGGGCGUGGCUCUCCCUUGCCACGCCCUGGGUCUGGGGCGAGCGGCGCAUCGCAAUACUCUGAAAGCCCAUUCGGCGGGGGCAUGAAAUCGAAUUCCAACUCGAUGGGAGGGCAAGCUGGGCCAAGCUUUGGCGCGUAUGGGAGCGAACUGGAACAGCAUAAUGAUGAUUUGCUUAGUGGGCUGUUGGGCAAGGUCAACACGUUGAAGGAUCUCACAAAGGGGAUCGGCAAGGAAGUGCGCGAUGGCAACCUCGAACUCUCUGGCAUGAACGACACGUUUGGGUCGACGGGCAAUAUGCUGAGCGGGACGUUUCGGCGCAUGACCAAGAUGGCGCGGAGGCAGGGAUCCAACUGGUGCUACUUUAUGGGGUUCCUGGUGCUCGUGCUGUGGAUCUUUAUCAUUGUGUGGUGGUUGCGGAGGUGA